CGCUUCUGUCGCACCUUCUCCUGCCGAGACGCCCCAGUCAGACCACUGCGUUGGACUCAUUCAGCAUCCUCUCCUUUCUCUUCUUUUCUCUGAAUGAUCCCUAGUUGUUUCUCUCAGUGCAAAAUAAGUUUUGUGGAAAGAGAAGAGGGAAAAGUGCAAACUUUGUUUCCCCUUUUUUUCCCUUUAUACUAAACAACAACUUUUGUAGUUGUCCGGUGAAUUUCUGCAAGUCAUGUGAUUAUUUAAAUUAUUCUAAUCUAUAAUAUUUGGUAAACAUCUGAUUAAUAUUUGUCAAAAUGUGAAAAAUAUCUGGAAAAAAAGAACGUUUUCAAAAUGAUUAUAAUAUUAAAAAUGGUUAAGAUAAUAAACUGUCAUCCACAUUUUUUAAUUUUUUAAAGCUACCAGGAGACUCACAAAAUUUUAAUUUGUACUAAAAUUUGUGAAAGUGAUAUUUUAUUUUGUUUAUUUUUUUCAUGUUACUGAUAUUCGAUUUAAACUACUUGAAAAUAUUACAUGUUUUUUAUAUGUUGGAUAUAUCCGUUGCAAUAUGAAACAUUUACAGCGUAAAACAUUAAAAACCAUUAGUUCGGGAUACUCAAGAAAAUUUUAGAGAAACAAUUUUGUUUGGAUAAUUCUAUACCGUAAAUAUAGAUAUAUUUGAUUUCCUGAACAAGAAAGCAUGAUGGAAAAUACUAGCUGUUUUAUAACUUGCUAUUUUCAAAACAUACUAGCUAAACUUUCAAUCAAUAAGCUAGUUACCAUACUUGGAAUAAUUGUUGUGAUGCAGUUUAUGCAGUUGGAAGUUGAGUCUACAUCCGUUCUAAAACGUCCGGAUGGCAGUCCAGCUGACCCAGUUCGAAUGGAAAGUAGCACAGCCGCUAUUAGAUACAGAUCAUUUGAAGAUGCUCCUGGAUAUAUACCCCCGGAAGAUUUCAUUGACCCAGAUUCAACUACGGGGGAGACAAACAGAGUUGCCCCCACUUUCGACGAAAGCACACAAAAAAACGUCACAACCCAACUGGGACAGACGGCUUAUCUGCACUGCAUUGUCAACAACCUUGGUGACAAAACGGUGUCUUGGAUCCGCCGGAAAGAUUUUCAUGUUCUGACUGUUGGAAUGGACACGUAUACAAGUGAUGAACGCUUCCAGGCCCUCCAUGUGCACAAUUCUAAUGACUGGACUCUACAAAUAAAAUUCACCCAGCUCAAAGAUGAAGGACCUUACGAAUGUCAAGUGAGCUCAGAUCCCAAAAUAAGCUUUUUCGUGAACCUCACUGUCUUCGUUGCUAAAGCAGUGAUCGAAGGUGCUCCAGACAUUUAUGUGAAAAGUGGAAGCUCUAUAAAUUUAACAUGCGUCAUUACCCAAAGUCCUGUACCACCUGUGUUCGUCUUCUGGUAUCACGACGAUAGAAUGAUAAAUUAUGAUUCAUCGAGGGGUCAAAUAACAGUGAAUAAGGCUGGAGUGGACACGGCUCUCUCGAAGCUCUUCAUUAAGGACGUGCAGCCAUCGGAUUCUGGAAAUUAUACUUGCUGUCCUUCAAAUGCUGAGGCUACCAGCAUCACAGUACAUGUGCUCAAUGGAGAAAAGCCAGCUGCGAUGCAGCAUGACGCCAAUCCAGGAUAUUCCUUGUCUUGUCCAUCCCAGCCUCAUCGAAUUCUUCAAUGGCUCAUAGUACUUUUGUGGUUUAUACUCAGGUGACCGACUCAUAUCAUCAACUGAAACCAAAAAAAAAAAAAAAAAAGAAAC